AUGCCACGCAAGAAGGUCGCAGACCGCACGGGUCCACCCAAGACCCGAACCCGCAGCGGCUGCCAGGGGUGCCGCGCCAGCCGUGUCCGGUGCGACACCCAGAAACCCGUCUGCAGCCGCUGCCGGGCGAAAGGCCUGCCAUGUUCGACGGAGCUGGUGCUCAAGUGGGAGUCGGAGUUUGUGAGCCGGGGCCUGGCCUUUGGGAGGGCGGGCGUGUGGAGUAAAUCCAAGUCUCGCUCCGAUGGCGCGAGUGCCGGGGCGUCGGCUUCGCUGUCGGCGGGGGAUUCUGAGUGGUGUGACUAUCCGGCUGUUGGGGCGUGGGGGUUUGUGAACAGUGAUGCCUCCACGUUUGAGAAUCCGUAUGAGGUGAAUGUGGCGUGUGAUGCGCUGGAUGCUGUUGUUGUUCACGGAAAGGGGAGAGGGGCCUCGCCUGCUUCUGUGGAUGAUGGCUUUGUGUCGAGUCCGAGGGCGCUAUCGUUGUUUCCGCAUAUGCCGGAGUCGAGCCAGAUGCACUUGUUCGAGUAUUAUCUUGACCAAGUUUGUCCGCGUACGACUGCUAGUCUCAAAAAUGCUUCCCCCUUUGCGUCUGUUAUUCUGCCUUUCUGUCUGACCGCGUCACCGACCCUCUUCAAAGCGAUCCAAGCGCUAGGCGCUUGUCAUUGGUCUCGGUUUGAUUCAACAUACAGUGUCAUGGGCCUCCGUUUAAAGUCUGAAGCUUUGCGAGGGCUUCGUCAUCGCCUCGCUACUCAAGGUUCUCUGACCUGUGCUAACGAUCCCGAGGUUCUGAUGACCAUGAUGAUGCUGUGUCUCUAUGAAAUUGUCGAUAACUGUGACCAACGGUGGACUAUCCACCUUAAAGGUGCAAAGGAGUUGAUUCGCGUUCGGAGACAAGAGCAGGCAGUUGCCGGGCAGUCUCAGAGUGGGCGAGAUCCCAUUUCUGCUUUUGCCGAGCUUUUCUUUGCUUUCCAGGAUGUCAUGGGUCGCACUGCCUGUGGCGAAGAAGUCUUGUUUGGGACGGACUAUUGGCGGGAAGAAGACCAGAAAAUCGAUCUAUGGAUGGGGUGUAGUCCCGAGCUUGUUUCGAUUUUAUCUUCUAUCACAGAGCUCAGUCGGACGAGAAGGCAGAUCGCUACGGAUGCUGCGCAGGCUGCAUUCUCCCUCCGGACCGCUUCAUUGGGAAGUCGACUCGAAACUCUCGUACAAGAAAUCGACGGCAGCGAAGAUGAAGUUCUUCAAUCAGCAGCUGAGUUGAAACGCUUGGCUGCGAUACUAUAUCUGCACUGCGCCUUGAAUGGUGCCUCCCCAUCUACCUCUCUGGUGGUUGGCUAUGUACGACGCAUCCUGCAGCUUGUGUCGAACUUGCUUGACUCUGGCUCCCUUGUCAGCAUGACAUGGCCACUGUUUGUAGCCGCAGUUGAAUUGGAUCCGUUGCAAGACGAGCUGUGGUCGGAUUCUACCGAUGGAACUGUGGUCUAUGGACGAUCGCUAAUUCUACGAGCAUUGGCGGUGAUGGCAGAAUCCAGCGUGUCCAACAUCGCUCGUACAAGAGCUGUUAUCAUCAAGGUCUGGCAAGCCCGAGACAGCGACAUGCUCAAGGGAUCGCCUGUGGGCAGUGCCAGUGAUCCCGCCGGCUGCAAUGACUGGGAAUGGUAUGUUGCGCCGGUCAGUACGGCCAUGAGUCUGGCAUGA